GGCCGACGGCCCAGGUGGAAGAUGCAAAGCAGAAGCAGAGCAGUGGAUUUGAGCAAGUGCUGGACGAGAGCAUUUGGGUCAUCGAUUGAGGAGAGAGAAGGAUCUGUAGCCCAGGCCCCGGGAAGGAGGGAUCAAUUCUCGAGUUCAAAUCAUAUCUUACCUUCUCCCCCGAGUUUGCUUUCAUGUGCUCACGUCAAGCGACAUUAUCUGAGUGAUCCGCAUUUCGAGUAUUUUUAAAGGCUGGAGAGACGGGGAGAGAGAGAAAUUGAGUUCAGAGAGGCAGAUAGAGACGCUUUCGAUCGCUCGCUCGCUCGCUUGGCGGUUCUAACUAAAUUUCUUCUGCUUUUGGACAACUCGUGAGGGGAAGUUUCAUACGAUUCAAAUUUUUUGUGCAAGAGCGUCCGCGGGUUGCAGCGAUGGGUUGUGCUGCCUCAGCUCCAGCUAGACAGGGACGUCUAGCCGGCAUGAAUCAAGAUGCCGUAGAAACCUUCGACUCAAAAAACUUGCGAAUCAAGUUAGUGUUGUUGGGUGAUUCCGGUGUAGGAAAGAGCUGCAUUGUGCUGCAAUUUGUACGUGGUCAGUUCGACCCUUCUUCUAAGGUGACAGUCGGUGCAUCCUUUUUGUCGCAAACAGUAGCUUUGAAAGAUUCCACAACGGUGAAGUUUGAGAUAUGGGACACAGCUGGUCAGGAGAGAUAUGCCUCGCUGGCGCCUUUAUACUAUCGGGGGGCCUCAGCAGCUGUCGUAGUUUACGACAUCACCAGCCCUGAUUCGUUCCAAAAAGCUCAGUUUUGGGUGAAGGAGCUGCAGAAGCAUGGGAGUCCUGGUAUAGUGAUGGCCCUGGUUGGCAACAAGGCAGAUCUAGAGGAGUCACGAGAGGUUGCUUCUGAGGAUUCUCAAGCUUACGCUGAAAGUAACGGCAUGUUCUUUAUUGAGACUUCAGCAAAGCUAGCAACUAACGUCAACCUCCUUUUUGAAGAAAUUGGACAGAGGUUACCUCGAGGACAGCCAACCCAGAAGCCUUGAAAGGUACAGGCAUGCCUUGAACUGAAUUGAAGUACUGUUUCUUGUAAGGUGUGGAUGUAUCCUCUCAAGCGACAAAAUGGGGUCUGUGAAUAUUACUCAAAAGUUAGUUAGCGCAGUAUAAAGAGUACGAAAUAUCUCGGAGUACCGGCAUAGGGACGUAGAAGAUGAUAGUGACAUAUGGGCUGCAGCCCUGCAUCUCUUCAAGUGUAAAUACUACCAUAUAAUAAGUAGGCGAACUGGAGUGCAUGUCAGCUCUUCCCUUGUAUUUGAAAUUCCUGAAAUAUAGACUUCAUCAAAAUGUCCAUUCACCUCCGAUUCAAUAGUUCCUACUCGGAGUAGAUUUCUUGUCUGAACGUGCCACCUUUUCUAAGCUGACCUUUCGGUUCACUUUCCUUCUGGCAAAUCCUUUCAACCCAUGAUCUGUCGUCUGGGAAGGCUUCCUCCGAAAUGUCUCUCCACAUUGAUGGUUAUGCACGCAUGAACACAUGGUGAAAAUAUAUAUUUUGGCAUCAAUAAACUGGCCCUCGUGGUCUGUAAGCCGGACAAUG